AUGAAGACUGAAAUGGUAAUCGGUGAUCGACGAAUGCUACGAUUGAAGAUCGAAGUGAUGGUCCUGCAGAAGUGUCAUGAACAAACCGAUCCCAAUUGUAAACAGCACUUUGUGGCGGAUAUAAAGCCCCAAAAUUAUGCAGUUGGUCUUGCAGAACAGCAAAAUAUGGUUUAUAUGUUAGAUUUUGGUAUUGCUCGAAAGUAUACCGUAGGCGAUACUAAGGAAGUCAAAUUACCAAGAGCCAAAGUAAGCUUUCUCGGUACAGUACGAUUCGCAUCACGGGCAUGUCACAAAAACCUCGAGCAAGGGCGAAAAGACGACUUGGAGUCCUGGAUCUUCAUGCUCUAUGAAGAAAAAAGGUAA